AUCUGCAACUAGCAGUCAGGGUCAGCAUAGGGGAGCACAUGUAUGUACUCGUAAACCCAGGCAAUGCAUUAAAUGGGAUUAACAGCUUCAUUGUCGAACACAAUCAAAAGGGAUGAUGCCGGCCCUGAUACCAGUGCCACAGCCUUCCUACUCCCAGGCCAGGGAGAACUUUGUGAAGGCUAUCCCACCCAAGCUCCUCUGUCUGCUGGCCUGUGGAGGAGCAGACUGCCGCUAUGAAGGACCAGAGUGUUGGAAAUUAAAUCAACAGGCUGUCCGAGGCCUUUUCUCCUCCUGGGUGACGGAUGACAUUAUUGCCAUGGCCCGACCAGCCAGUCAUCUAAUUGAGAAGUACAACAUCAUUGAACAAUUUCAAAGGUUGAACAUCCGAUCAAUCAUCAACAUGCAGCUCCCUGGAGAGCAUGCACACUGUGGACCUCCUCUAGACCCUGGCAGUGGCUUCACCUACUCUCCACAGAUCUUCAUGGACAACGACAUUUACUUCUACAACUUUGGGAUGCAAGAUUUUGGUGUGUCCUCCCUCGUCAGUAUGAUUGAUGGGGUGAAGGUGUUGGCCUUUGCAGUGAGGGAAGGAAGGGUGGCUGUACACUGCCAUGCAGGCCUGGGCAGGACAGGUGUCCUGAUAGCCUGUUACCUGAUUUACACCCUGCGCAUCAGCCCGAGUGAGGCCGUCCACUACGUGAGGAUUAAAAGGCCUCGCUCUAUCCAAACCCGGGCGCAGCUCAGCCAGGUGUCUGACUUUGCCCGCCUACUUGGCACGCAGCUGGUCCAGUACCCAGACCUCAGCAUGCGGCACGGAGCCCCGUUCACCCUGCAGCACUACCUCAACCGGCAGGCAAUAAUGCUGCAUGGCCAGGAGGCACGCACCCUCAGACACACACCCAAGGUGGUGUACCUCCUGUGUGUGCAUCUGUCCUGCUUAGCCCUGGGUCUCCCUGCUCCUCCAGAGAUCCAGGCUGAGCUGGAGAAGAGGUCAGUACUGAGGACCUUGAACAGGACUGUUAGGGAGACACUGGUCUGCAAACAGUACUUGCCCUUACUGAGGGAGGGUCACAGGGGAGCGUGGGUGAGCUCGGGGUCGGUGUCCUCCUGGGACGAGCCAAUGGGAUUCUUGGAGAGGAAGAGAGAGGUGCUGUUGGACAGACGCAGCUACAGCGAAACUGACCUCAGCAGGAUCGCAGAUCUGGAGUUGAGUCCAUACUGCACCCCGGAACUUGUGAAUGAGAGACAGUGGUCUGUACAGAAUCUGAUACGCCUUGAUAUGAGACCUGUUAGUCCAUUGCUUGCAACACUUUCACCAGGCCAUCAGACCAGCAAUAAGGCCUCUCAUACACUCAAAAUUCCAAGAUCUUUUAUGACAAAGAACAACUGUGCUAAGAGGUCUAGACACCAAGUGAACAUGCCACUUCCCAAGUACAGCUCUAACAGUGAGUUUUGCCGAAAUCCACAUUAUCCUGGCUCAACCUCUGUCGCCCGUGCUGUUGCAAAGGCGAUGGCAGACCACGGUCUUCGUGGAGAAACCAUACUGCAAAGAUCGGAUCUGCUGCAGGAGGAACUGAACAGCAGCGACUGUGGCUGGGCUCUGCUCGUCACCGAGUCAGAUCCUCAGGUUCUCAGUUGUUUGUUAUGGACGUGGCUGGAAAAGUUGAGGGAACCUGUUCUGAGUCCAGAAGAUGUAACACGGUUGAGCUGUGGAGCAAACAUCAGGAAGUCUCUCAGUGUGCUCAAUAAGCCACAGAGACACACUAUCUACUGUCUACUGAGCUGUGUGAGCACAGUGACCAGCUUAUGUCCACACAGAGAGGACGCGGUGCUGCAACGACUGGCGCGAGCACUUACAAGGGAGGAGGUGGGAAGCAUUGCAGCUUUGAUGAAGGUCCUGAAGGCGAAUUUGAGAGAAACCUUCCACAACUCCACCUACCUCAGGAGGGCCUGCAGCACUAAUUCUGCCCUUUGAAGAGUAUAUAUCUUUAAGACAUUUUAUCCAAAAAGUAUUUCUUCUUUUGCACCUGAAUGUGGGCAGAUUCAGUUUUUUUAUUUAUUUUUAAUUACAUGUUCAGCUUCUUCAAACUAAAGGUCCUGGAAUUGUGCAUGCUCACUGUCACAUUUUUAUAGCUUGCUGGGACGCUUGAAGAGAAGGCAGCCAUGGUUAGUGUUAUUAGUAAGCACAGAAGCACUGGUUGAAUGUCUGCUAUGAUAGGAAGGCACAUUAGGCUUUAGUAUUUAGUUUAGGCCGUGGCUGGAUUUGGCUUCUGAAAACCCAGUGCCCAAAUCUCACUGAUAGGGUCCAAUUAUUUCUUCCCUUUACAAAACAUAUACAAGAGAGUACACACUAGAUGUUGAAUAAACACUUUUA